AGCCUCUGAAGACAGAGAGAAAGAGAGAGCGCGAGUGAGAGGCACAGACACGACUCGCUUUUCCAACGGCUUUUUUUUUUUUUUACUGCGCGGAGAAAAAAAAAAAGGAAAACAACUAGCAACAACUUAUUUUGAGCCAAAAAAAUAAAUAAAUAAAACGAGUGGGACUUAAACUAUUUUCAUACACGGAUAUUACUGGCGAGGUUUAAACCCAACACGAUUGGUGUGUGAGGAGGAAUUUUGUGUUAAUAUUUUUAACCCGAAUGGUUUCGUCGCUGAAGUCGGGACAAAAACGGGGCGCUUUUUUCCCUUCAGCUUGGCGUUACUGGGUGCGCAGCCUCACGCGUGGAUUUUAAUCUUGUAAAUUUUUUAAGGAGCGAAUUUAGACCACACGGAAUAGCCAGAGCGGUUCUGCACCGCUGUGUAUGGAUAUUAACUACCAGGUUGAUGAGCCGUAAACGCUGUUUUGAGACCGCUUUUGGAAGUGCAACAUCGGCUGAUGGAGUUAACGUUAUGGAGGAUCGCGUAUAGGUUCUCCAAUGUUCCCGGACUGCACCGCUUCACAGGAAGUCGUUGAUUCGGUCAGAUGGAUCGCGGAGGCCACGUGGGCGCCGUUCUCUCUCUGGAUCAGAUUCGCUCCAUACGUUCCAAGAACGAGUACACAGAAGGCCCCGUGACGUCAACGGCGUCAUCGCCAUCGUCUGCAACGUCGACGCGGCAACCAUCAUCACCGUCGUGGCGCCCGUCGCCGCCUCCCCGGACAUUGAAGCACGAGAGGACUCACGAGGUCAUCGUGGUCAACGUCAACAACAACAAUUACGGAAACGGCAGCACCGGCGGCGGCUUCUCUCCUUCCUCAGGAAGCUCGCCACCUUUUCGCCAUGUGGUUAGGACGCAGCCCAAAUCUCAGACGGCGCCCUUGCGUCCUCUGUUCCCUCCCUCAGACACUCUGUUGAUGUCGAAGCAGGCGAAAUCGAAGGGCGAGUCGUUGUUAUCGUCGUCCUCGUCGUCCUCGUCAUCCUCGUCGCACCAACUGAUCUGCGAGAGCUGCGGAAAGUGUAAAUGCAUGGAGUGCACUUCGCCGCGACCCCUUCCUUCGCGGAUGGUGUGCGAUGGCCAGUGCGUGUGCUCGGCCGAGAGCGUGCUGGAGCACGGCACGUGCAUGUGCCUCGUCAAGGGCCUUUUCUACCACUGCUCAAGUGAGGGUGGAGACGAUGCUGGCGACUCGUGCGCUGACCGACCGUGCUCACUGUCGCGCCCCCGCUGCCCAGCGCGCUUCCUCUGCAUGGCCCUCAUGGCACCCAUCUUCCCUUGCCUGCUCUGCUACCCUCCCUGCAAAGGGUGCCUAAAAGUGUGCCAGGUCUGCCACGACCGCCUGCACCGACCCGGCUGUCGCUGCAAGAACUCAAAUGCCGUCUACUGCUGGAGGGACGGGCAGGGGCACGCGCUCACACCAGGCAAACCAACCUGAGCGGGACCGGACACACAAACGAGACACUAACAAACCCAGAGCCGAAAACACAGGCACUAACACACACAGGAUUUAAGGACUUCUUAUUUUUUGGCCCUAUUCGGCUUCCAUACUCAAGCUAAAACACGCAGAGCUGAAUAUGUGCUAACACACACCGCAGGGAGUCCAAAUCCACGCUAAUAAACACACUGAGGUCUGUCAGGCAUGUGCCGGUAAUUAGUUAUGCAACGUUAAGUAAUUCAAUAUUGUUAUAGUGGAUGCUUUGAAAUAUCAUCAGUGCCACUGUGGUGUGAGGGACAGCUGUGUCCUCAUCUUUUCCAGCAUGGGCAAUCCAUUAAUUCUCCAGUGUGCAUUGCGUUAAUAUCAAAAACUGUGCUAAAAUGUUGUCGUAUUGCAACGGCACAUGCCUAAAAAGCGCUAACAUACAGUGCGGGAUGCAGAGUCCCAGGACACACAACACCGAUCUGGGAGGAAGAGGGCAGACAACGAUAUCCUGAGUAUGCUCUAAAUAAGCCCCGCCUGUUUCUCACCGAUCUGCUGCUAGGAGGAUGGAGAAUGGAAAAAAACGCAAAACCACUCGUUUAUUAUCUGCCACUUGGCAGGUGUUUUUUUGUUUGUUUGUUUGUUUUUAAAAAAAAUAAUAAACAAAACCAGUGUUUGCCUUAAACUGACUGCGGGUCUGCUCAGCUACUUGAUAAAGAGACAAGGUGGAAAAAGGAAAAAAACAGACAGAAGAAGAAAAUUUUUAAGAGACAAACCGAACCGAAUCUGUGAAGGACUGUCCGGCCAGCCCAUAAUACUGUAGCUGUUCCCAGAUCGCCGUAGCAACCUGGUAUUGUUCCCACACAGAGGGCUUCCCGUGCCUUCCCGCGGGUCUUCUCCGUGGAAACGACCCCACCGUCUGGUAGUGUUUCCGGACAGGCAGACGGGCGGACGUUCAAACACACACACACACACACACACACACACACACUCCGUGGCAUUCUGACAUUCUGGUUUUCUUUGUUGUUUGUUGUUUUUAUUGUUUUGUUUUCUCUCCCCUUUUCUCAUAUUUUUGUAAAAAAAAAAAAAAUUGUUUGUUCAAAUCCAUCAGAGGAAUCCUGGCUAUUUUUUAAAAAGUUGCAAAAAAGAAAAUGUGUGUUUUUAAAAAAAAAAAAAAACAUUUGUUUUUGUCAUUGUAAAAAAAAAUAUUUAUUAAGUGAAGCUCUAUUAUUUUAUGAUAUUUAUUGCGAAACAAAGACAGUCUUAGAUUUACUCAUGUCUGAAUAUAACAGAAAUAUCAAUACUGAGAAAUUAAAGGGUGACACAAACGUUAUGUUAACUUUACUGCAGAAAUAUAUGAAUUAACUAAUAACA